CCGAAAUAACUCCACACACAUAGUUACUGUCAGUGGCACAGAGAGAAAGACGCACACAGUGUGAAGCUCCUUUGUUCUUCUCUUCCAACCGCUGAAUCUAACAGAGCCCAACAUGAGUGUUAACUAUGAAGACAGCAUCAAAGAGGAGAGACAACAAAUAUAAAAAUACCAAAAUAGAGGCAGGAUACCAGUACCACUGACCAGCAAGACCUUCCAUACUGAAUGCAACCAACAAUAAAAUAAUAGGAGACAGAGAAUAUAUGCAGUACAUUGGGCACUAUAGUGUGUGGGGAGGAGCAGCUAAAGGAGAAAAGAAAAAAAAAUAGGGCUUCUUUCAAAAGCAGGCUUUGGUUGUGCAAUUUAGCAGAGUGUAGAGCAGUGUGUGCUUAGGAAAUAGUAGUUCUGUAUAUUUACUAAAUAAGACUAGUAUGGGUGAGGAAGAACCCGUGAGUGAAGUUUCUAAGACUGAUUCAAAUGGAAAGAGCUUGCAGGAGAAAACUUUGGAUGAAAUUACUGAGAAAAAGAACUUGGAAACUGAUGGAGGAAAAGUCUUGGAGAACAAUGGCAUUAAAGAGUUGAAAGAAAUUGAAGACGAUAAGAAAGUUGAUGGUGUGGAAAAGAUAGAAGAGGACAGGAAAGUUGUCGUGGGGGAAGUAAAAGAGGAUAAGAAAGAUGGGGUGAAAGAAGCAAAAGGGGAUAAGAAAGAUGGAGUAACAGAAGCAAAAAAGGAUAAGAAAGAAGAUGGAGUAGCAGAAGCAAAAGAGGAUAAGAAAGAAGAUGGAGUGGAAGAAGGUAAAGAGGAUAAGAAAGAAGAUGUAGUGGAAGAAGAAAAAGAGGAUAAGAAAGAAGUUGUAGUGGAAGAAGAAAAAGAGGAUAAGAAAGAAGAUGGGGUGGAAGAAGUAAACGAGGAUAAGAAAGAUGGGAUGGAGGAAAUAAAAGAGGAUAUGGAGGUUGAUGGUAUGAAAGAAGUCAAGGAGGAUAAGGAAGUUGCUGUGAAGAAGGUAGUAGAAGACAAGAAAGGUGAUGAGGUGAAAGAAAUAGAAGAGGAUAAGAAAGAUGAUCAUAUAUCUGAGAAUGAUAAAAUGGAUGAAGAAACUGAGGUAGAAGAAACAAUGGAAGGUAAACAAGAAAAUGAAAAAGUGGAAGCUGAAAAACCAGAAGUAGAUGCUAUGGAAGUAGAGGCUGGCAUUAAGGAGAAGGAGGAGGAGAGUGAUGAAAAGGAGAAAAUAGAGGAGAAUGAUGAAGAUGAGGAUAAGGAUAAUAUUGAUAAGUCAAAAGAAGAGAAGGAAGAAGCUAGCAAGAGUAAGAAAGGAUCAAAAAAACGUGGGAGAGGGAAGAUUAAUGGGGAGAAAGUGAAAGAGAAAAAAAAGGAACUAAAGAAAACAGAGCCAAGGACUCCUACUGUUGAUCGCCCUGUGCGGGAAAGGAAAUCAGUUGAGAGGUUGGUAGCAUCAAUUGAGAAAGAUGCAAACAAAGAAUUUCACAUUGAAAAGGGUCGUGGUACACCUUUAAAAGAUAUACCAAAUGUGGCAUUUAAGUUAUCUAGAAGGAAGACUGAUGAUACCUUCAAAUUGUUCCAUACAAUCCUCUUUGGACGGAGAGGGAAGGCAGUUCAGAUCAAGAGUAACAUAUUAAGGUUUUCUGGUUUUGUAUGGCGUGACAAUGAGGAAAAACAAAUGAUUAAAGUAAAAGAAAAACUUGACAAGUGUAAUAAAGAGAAGUUACUGGAAUUCUGUGAUGUGCUUGACGUAACAAUUGCCAAAACUAUGAGGAAGGAAGAUAUUAUUGCUAAGCUGAUAGAAUUUUUAGUUGCCCCUCAUGCGACCACAACUGUUUUGCUUGCAGAAAAAGAGAAGCCCAGCAAGGGGAAAAAACGCAAGCGUGUUGUGAAAAGGGGUUCAUCAAGAUCUGGUACAACUUCAAGACGUUCUGCGAAGAGUCGGAAGAAAAAUGAAGAUUCUUUGGUUGUGAAGAGAAAGAGUACAUCUGACACAGAAGAUGAUGAGUCAGAAGAAGAGAAAGAAGAUAAAGAUGAAGAAAGUGAAGAGGAAAAUGAAAAUGAAAAUGGUGUUGCUGAAAAAUCUGAGGAUGAAACACCAGAGAAAUUUGAAAGUGAAGAUAAAAGUGAUUCUGGGAGUGAAUCUGAAGAUACAAAGGAAAAGAAAAAACCUUCUAAAACAUCAUCCACAAAGAAAGAAUCUGCUAAGAAAAGUAAAAUUGUGAAAAAUACAGUUACAACUAAGUCACGCACACCACCAAAAAGAACACUUAAGAAAUCAUCGUUCAACCUCUCAAAGUCUGAUGAUGAUAGUGAUGAAAGUCCCAAUCCAAAGGUCUUUUCAAGGAAGAAGAAAAGUGAGAAAGUAGGAAAGCAGAAGACGUCAACACCAACUAAGUCUGCCUCCAAAGAGAAAACUGAAAAGGUUACAAAAGGAAAAGGCAAGAAGAAAGAGAAGCCAAGCCCCGCUGAUAAUCAGUUGCGUGAUGCAAUAUGUGAAAUUCUUAAAGAAGUUGACUUCAAUACGGCCACAUUUACUGACAUUCUGAAGCAACUUGCUAAACAAUUUGAUAUGGAUCUCACCCCAAGAAAGGCAUCUAUAAAGAUCAUGAUUCAGGAGGAGCUGACAAAACUAGCGGACGAAGCAGAUGAUGAUGAAGGAGAAGAGGAUGCUGAUGCCCCAUCUACAGGCCAGGAGGUUGAAGUCUGAUUGAGUAGACCUGACUGCUUGGAGAUAGGCUUUAGCAAUGUAUACUAUAACCCCAGUUAUGUAUACUUCAUCUGUACACUUUGUUUAGUGGAAGUGCCUGUAACUUAUUCUUCGCAACCAUCCAAUCUGAAGUGAACAAACUUGUAUUUUGUUAAUUUAGGCUUUUGGUGGGCUGCCAGUGUGCAGCAUCUUGUUUAGACAUCAACAGAAUUUGUAGGGUUUAUACUGUUCAUGAAUACUACUGACCAAAACUACAAUAGUUUCGAGUUUCAACAAUCUGUCUAGUUUAAUAAAUAUUGACAUUUAAAGUUGUUUC